AAAGGCAUUUGUGGUUUCGGAGUUCGGACUACAAAUACGUUUUUAACUCGAUUUUAGGGUUCUUUUUAGUUCUACCCUGAAGAAGGAAAGAGGCAGAGCCGUCCAUUGGAGUGAAUUAUCGCAGGUUUUGAAAGGAGAAAAAGCUUAAUUGCAAUACAACCAUGUCGCUUGUAGCAAAUGAAGAAUUUCAGCACAUUCUUCGUAUUCAAAACACAAAUGUUGAUGGAAAGCAAAAAAUCAUGUUUGCUAUGACCUCUAUCAAGGGUAUUGGUCGUCGUUUUUCAAAUAUUGUUUGCAAGAAGGCCGAUGUUGACAUGAACAAGAGGGCUGGUGAACUCUCGAAUGCUGAGAUUGAUAAUCUGAUGACUAUUGUUGCAAACCCUCGUCAGUUCAAAAUCCCAGAUUGGUUUCUUAACAGAAAGAAGGAUUACAAAGAUGGGAAAUACUCCCAGGUUACCUCUAAUGCACUUGACAUGAAGCUCAGAGAUGACUUGGAGCGUCUCAAGAAGAUCAGGAACCACCGUGGGCUGCGUCACUACUGGGGUCUCAGAGUCCGUGGACAACACACCAAGACCACUGGUCGCAGGGGAAAGACUGUUGGUGUGUCCAAGAAGCGAUAAGUUUUUUACUAUUGGUGCUUUUUUAUUUUGUGCUAGCAAGCUGUUAGAAUUUCUUAUCAAGAGAUUUUUGGUUUAUGAACUGGUGAGUUGAUGGGUUUUAGUUUUUUUUGUUUUGUCGAAAUCUUGAGUUAACUUUUGAGUUACCAAAGCACUAAGACUGAUUAUAAAUUAUCGUUCUAUUUUUUGCACUUCAA